UUCCAAUUACCUGUUCCAGUAUACGUCCCUGAAGCGCUGAUGCUGAUGUCUGGAUGGCGAAAACGAAAUUGCAUUUGGCUUAACCUUGGAUUAAAGUUAGGAUAAUAUUUCACCUUAUUCCUUGAAAUGUCUUCAGUCAAUUUCCCUACUUUGAUUAACUGCUCUAAAUAUGUUUUCUUCCCCAAUUAACCUGCCAUCGAUUCUAAACAGGGUUUUGCUUGUCUAAAUUCAUCAGUAGUCUAUAAAGGUCCCUUUUAAAUAAUAAGAACGAUACAAUAAAACCAACUGAAUUAAUUAAUUAAAACCCCUAAACAGGACAAAGUUCAUCGCAUCAAAAAAUUGAAGGACAGCAACGAAUGUUUGAUAAGCAACAACGAAUGUUCAAUGGAUUCCAAGGUGGACUUUCCCUGUAAGUCAGCAACAUAUAAAAAGACACAGAGAAUCACCAGAAGUCAUCACAGUUUCCCAGCUUCUUUCUCAAAGCACCAGCUCUCCUUUCAUUCCAACGAAUCAACAUGAAGACUUUUGUCGUUCUCUCUGCUCUCGUUUUGGCUGUUUGCGUUGUGACUAGCCAGUGCAAACCAACAGGCAACACCAACAUCAACCAAAAUAGCAACGAAAACUCCAAUUUCGAUUUCCUGUCCAGUUUUCUCAGCUCGUUGAUUCAACAAAGAAAAGCCAAAGCUGCAGCCAAAGCAGUUGCUAGCCGAGCUGAUGUUGAGUCUCCGGUUGCUGUAACCACCGCAAAGUCAGUAGUUGCCGAUGUUCAAGAAGACAAUCAACAAGUUGCUGAUGAGAUCGAAACACCUGCUGAUGAUAGUGUGGUUGAAGUUGCUUCCAUGGAUGAAUCUGCCUCACGAUCUGAAGCUCAACAAGACGAACCUCAACAAGACGAGCCCCAACAAGACGAGCCUCAACAAGAUGAUUUGGCUUCUCAGUUGAAGUUCAUCCAAACGAUGAUGACGAAAGACUUUUAGAUCUUCUAAGCCCACUGACAAAAUACGACCACCACGAACGGACUAGUUUUGGGAAAAACUUUUUAAAGAACCGCUAACAAAAGAUUAGGAAUUCAAUUUUGUCCUUGUAAUUGCAGAGGUUUAAUGAAUAAAUGGAUGUCUAUUA